GAAUUACGCUGCUCCACAGCUGAACACUCCCUGAAUCAAAGCUGAAAGUAAAGUGGAGGAGCAGGAGAAGAAGGAGAGGGAGAGAGAGAGAGAGAGAGAGAGAGAGAUAUUACACAGCAACAGAGACUUUAUUAAACACGAUCUCAGAGAGAAAUCCAGAGGAACAGCUCCAUGAUGGAGCUUCAUCACUCCAGCAGUGGAGCAGGAGCCUCUGAUCUAAAGUUAAAGCGUGCAGGAUCUCCAGAUCCCAGCUGUGUGUCUGAGAAGAGAUACCGGUCCACAUCUGACUCUCCUGGAUUCAGCAGAGGAGGAGGAGGAGAACCCAGCCAUGUGUCUAUGAAGAGUGACCAGUCAUUGCCUGUCCCUCCUGGAUUCAGCAGAGGAGGAGGAGAACCCAGCCGUGUGUCUAUGAAGAGUGACCAGUCAUUGCCUGUCCCUCCUGGAUUCAGCAGAGGAGGAGGAGGAGAACCCAGCCGUGUGUCUAUGAAGAGUGACCAGUCAUUGCCUGUCCCUCCUGGAUUCAGCAGAGGAGGAGGAGAACCCAGCCGUGUGUCUAUGAAGAGUGACCAGUCAUUGCCUGUCCCUCCUGGAUUCAGCAGAGGAGGAGGAGAACCCAGCCGUGUGUCUAUGAAGAGUGACCAGUCAUUGCCUGUCCCUCCUGGAUUCAGCAGAGGAGGAGGAGAACCCAGCCGUGUGUCUAUGAAGAGUGACCAGUCAUUGCCUGUCCCUCCUGGAUUCAGCAGAGGAGGAGGAGAACCCAGCCAUGUGUCUAUGAAGAGUGACCAGUCCAUGCCUGAGCAUCCUGGAUUCAGCAGAGGAGCUGUUCCCUCUGAGCUGAGCUCCACAGAACCUGCACUGCAGAUAAACACUCUGUUGGAGGAAACUGGAGACCUGAAUCAGGAUUCUUACCAACCAGUGGAUGAUGAUCUACACAGAGUCUUACAGAGACACAAAACCAGCAUGAAGAACAAGUACGAGAGCUUAUUUGAGGGAAUCAGAACAGAAGAGAAUAAAACCCUCCUGAACAGGAUUUACACUCAGCUCUACAUCAUAGAGGGAGAGAGUGAAGGAGUGAAUGAAGAACAUGAGGUUUUACAGAUGGAGAAAACACCCAGGAGAUGCUUUCAAGACUCUCCAAUCAACUGCGUAGAUAUUUUUAAACCUCUCCAAGGUCCUGAAGGAGAAACACGAGAAGAGACCAUCAGAGCUGUGGAGGCUGACAGACUCAGACACAGAGAAAGAAAAGAAGAUCACAGACCAGAAGAGCCAGAGCUCAGAGCUGUUCUGACUAAAGGCAUCGCUGGAAUUGGAAAAACUGUCUCUGUGCAGAAGUUCAUUCUGGACUGGGCUGAAGGAAAAGCCAAUCAGGAUGUAGAGAUCAUGAUUGUGCUUCCGUUCCGGGAGCUGAACCUGAUUAGAGAUGAUCAAUACAGUCUUCAUGGACUUCUGUGUGACUUCCAUCCUGAGCUCAAAGAUCUGGACCCAGAGAUUUAUGAUCAGAUCAAAGCUGUGUUUAUAUUUGAUGGUCUGGAUGAAAGCAGAAUUCCACUGGACUUUAAAAAGUGUAAGAAAGUAUCUGACAUCACCAUGACAUCAUCGGUGGGAGUGUUGAUGACAAACCUCAUCAAAGGAGAGCUGCUUCCCUCUGCUCUGAUCUGGAUAACCUGCCGACCAGCAGCAGCCAAUCAGAUCCCUCCUAAAUACAUCAACCGUGUGACAGAAAUUCAGGGAUUCAGUGACCCACAGAAGGAGGAGUACUUCAGGAAGAGGAUCAGUGAUGAAGACCAAGCCCAGAGAAUCAUCUCCCACAUUAAGACAGCGAGGAGCCUCCACAUCAUGUGCCACAUUCCAGUCUUCUGCUGGAUCUCAGCCACUGUUCUUCAGAGAAUCAUGAAACAGCCUCAUACAGAAAUCCCUAAAACUCUGAUAGAAAUGUACUCACACUUCCUGAUCACUCAGACCAACAUGAAGAACGAGAAGUAUGAGGAGGAAGAUGAGAGAAACCCAAAGAACCUGCUGGAGUCCAACAGAACCGUUCUUCUGAAACUGGCUGAACUGGCUUUCAAACAGCUGAUGAAGGGCAAUAUGAUGUUCUAUGAAGAGGACCUGAGAGAGAGCAGCAUUGAUGUCACUGAGGCCUCGGUGUAUUCUGGGAUUUUCACUGAGAUCUUUAGGGAGGAAUGUGUGCUUCACCAGAGGAAGGUCUACUGCUUUGUUCAUCUGAGCUUUCAGGAGUUUCUGGCUGCUGUUUAUGUGAUUCUCUGCUACGAGAACAAAAACAUGAAGGAACUGCACAUACUUAACCCAUGGGACAGUAAGUGGUUUGAGAAUGUUCCACUGGAUGAACUGCUGGAGGGAACAGUGGAUAAAUCUGUAGAGAGUCCAAACGGACACCUGGAUCUUUUCCUCCGUUUCCUGCUGGGCAUCUCAGUGGAGUCCAAUCAGAGACUCCUACAGGGUCUACUGACCCCAGCACAGAGCAGCUCAGACAGAACCAGAGGGCGCAUCAAGAGUUUAAUCAAAGGAGAUAAUCAUCACAUCUCCACUGAGAGAUGCAUCAAUCUGUUCCUCUGUCUGUCUGAAGUGAAUGACCAGUCUCUCUCCAGAGAGAUUCAGGAGUAUCUAAACUCAGAGAGACAGUCAGAUGUGAGACUCUCUCCUGGACAGUGUUCAGCAGUAGCCUAUAUGAUCCUGAGCUCAGAGGAGGUUCUGGAUGAGCUGGACCUGAAGAAGUACAACACAUCAGAGGAGGGUUAUAGGAGACUGAUCCCAGCUGUGACUGUCUGCAGAAAAGCUCGACUAGUUCACUGUAAUCUCACAAAGAAAUCCUGUGAGACUCUUUGCUCUGCUCUUCAAUCAGCAAAUUCCUCCCUGAAAGAACUAGACCUCAGUAACAAUGACCUGCAGGAUUCAGGUGUGCAAGUGCUCUCUGUUGGACUGAAGAGUUCGCACUGUAAACUGGAGAUACUCAGAUUGUCUGGUUGUAUGGUUACAGCUGAAGGCUGUUCUUCUCUGGCAUCUGCUAUGAAGUCAAACCCCUCCCACCUGAGAGAACUAGAUCUGAGCUAUAAUCACCCAGGAGAGUCUGGAGUGAAGCUGCUGUCUGAUAUAAAGGAGGAUCCACACUGUGCACUGGAGAAACUCAGGGUGGAUCAUGGAGGGGAGAACAGGAUCAAACCAGGACUGAAGAAAUAUGCUGUUCGUCUCACUCUGGAUCCAAACACAGUGAACAGACUCCUCUCUCUGUCUGAGGGGAACAGAAAGGUGAAGAAUGAGGGAGAAGAUCAGUCGUAUCCAGAUCAUCCAGACAGAUUUGAGGACUGUCUGCAGGCUCUGAGUGCGGAGAGUCUGACUGGACGCUGUUACUGGGAGGCUGAGUGGGGCCGGAGGUGGGGGGGUAUUGUAGCUGUGUCCUACAGAGGAAUCAGGAGGAAAGGAGGCAGUAAUGACUGUCAGUUUGGAAGUAGUAAUCAGUCCUGGGCUUUCAUCCACUCUAAUAACCGUUACACUCUCAGGCACAAUAAUCAGUUAACUGCCAUACCUUACCCCCCAAACCCUUCUACCAGAGUAGGAGUGUAUCUGGACUGGGAGUCCGGCACUCUGUCCUUCUACAGCGUCUGCCCUGACACACACACACUGACCCACCUACACACACUCACCACCACAUUCACUGAGCCGCUCUACACUGGGCUUAGAGUUUAUAAUUAUGACUCAGUGAGACUGUGUGAGAUAGACUAACCUCCUGAAUUCUGGAGUAGAACUAAACCUCCAGAAACACACACUACUGUACUACAUGGUAGAUUUUCUGUAAAUAAAUUAUAUAAUUAGAUUUAGGUUCACUUUAUAACAUUAGUAAUAUACAUCACAGGUAUACUUGGACUCUUAUAAUCCUUAUCUCAUCCUCCAUCCCUAAAAUCUGGGGGUAAUUUUUGACCAAGUGAUAAAAUUCAAAAAAUAAAUUAAUAUAGGCAGUUGGAUACAUGUUUCUAAACACUGAAACAUCAAAAGUCAUCCAUCCUCUGUCCUCCUCACACUGCAGAUAUGCUUUGUAUAUACACUUCAUCUAAACCCUUAAAGUCUUCCUCCCACUGCUGACUGUUCUUCAGUCCAGCUAAAGCUGAAGGAUGAUCAUGGUUUAGUGGUUGCUGGUCAGAGACUCUUACCCAAGAUUAGGUCUGACCGGUUUACUGAAAAAGAGGAAAAUUGAUGGUGAAAAUCACACAGACGUGUUAAUUAUUACAGGUCCUGCUCCUGGAUUGUACGCCCACAACACCAACAUCAUGCAGUCAUGGAUUUAUGUUCCCUGGGUUUUAGUGUCUGUGCAUGUGUUUUAAAUACUGAUAAUGAAUAAUAAAACAUACUCUGUGGAAACAUCACAUAAUUUUUUCUCUUUGUGCCAUUUAGAAAUCGAUAAUCUAAAUAAAAUUUUAUUAUAUAUUUUUUUCCCAAUUUUCUCCCAAAUUUAGCUAGGUCUCCCCCAAUCUUGUGAUACGACCAGUACUAGGAUGUGAAUAUAUAAAGUGUAUAAAAAUCAAUAUUUUAACAUAUUUUUUCACUUUAUAUUUACUUUAUUUUUACUCUUUUAUCUACAUAAUCUGUAUUUUAGUAUACUUUGAAAAAAUAUUCGGCUUUGCUAAUUUGGUUCUGGUGAUAUACUUCAUAAAAAUAUAUACUUAGCAAAUGUGUUUUUUAUGAUUAAAAAGCAAUAAAACUACUCUAAGUAUGCUUGCAAAACAUGCUGAAACAUUGCUUUUAUAAACUAUUACAAACUGUACUUCUAAUGAACUGUGCUAAUUUUGUGCUAAAUGUCACACAUCCACUGAGUCCCAGACUCCUCUGGGAGAUCACAUGACUUUCGACUUUCCUUCACAAUCAGACACUCACACGGACUCCAUCUCCCAGAAUCCUCCGGGAGAUCACCUGACUAAUGACAUGACCAUGCACUCCAAUCAGCACUCUAGAUCUCCAGAGUACUAAUGUUUGUCACCAGUGUUGUUGGUCACAUGACCUAUUUAGUUUAGUGUAUAAGCCCAGGCUUUAGCCUUAGGUAGUUGUAAGGUAUUGUAUCCAUUUGUGACCUACUGAGCGUUCUAUGUAUUGUUUGCAUUCUGUGUAUGACCCCUGCCUUUUGUCCUCUCGACUCUGCCUUUUGCUUUGCCCCUUGGAUUGUUUGCACUACUACACCUUUUUACCUCUCCCUUUUGGACUGUUCGCCUUGUGAUAUCUUCAUCUGUUUGUACUUGCUUUGCCUAUUGGAUUUGAUCCCUGUCUGUUUUGUGACCACGACUCUGGAUUCUCAAUCUCACAGUAAAGCAUCAAAGCAUUUAUAA